GGGGCGCGGAGCGGCCGCGGUGACGCCUCGGCGGCGACGCCUCGGUGCUGCCGCGGCCGCGGAUGUGCGCCGGGCUUCUCCCCACGCCCCCUCGGCCCCUGUCCCUGGCCGCUGGUCCUCGAGCAGGACUUCUGGCGGGAGCCGGGUGGGAAUCUCUCCUGACCCCUGCGAGGGGUGUCACAGCCAUCGCCUUUGCCUCGGUGCCCGCUCCCCCCCCACCCCCCGCCAAAGCGCUGCCUCGCGAAGGCGCGCAGAAAACCCGGUCCCCGGGCGCGGGCAGGGCCGGCUCUGCUGCCGGCUCCCUGCCACGGCUGCGGGAGUGCAGCGGUCCCGUUAUUUCCCCUCCCGGCUCCCCUCGGCCGCCGCCCCGGUCCCCCUCCCCUUGCUGCCUCCGACAGGCUCCGCGUCCCUCCUGCCCCACGGAAAACACACACAGUCCCCGGCACCCGCCCCGGCUACCCGGCCCAUUCAAACAAACAAACAGAAACCCGCCCCGUCGCAAAGCCAACCGACGGGGGGAAAAAUUAGCAGGAGGAGAUCAGAGAAGAUAAACGAGGAGCAAGCAGCUUCCCCGAGACCUUUCACUGCGGAUCCGAGAGGGAACAUCAGACGCGUAAAAAAAGAAAAACAAAAAACAAAAACAAAAACCAAAAAGCCAAACAAAACAAAAAAACCCCAAACAAAACAAAACACAGCGUUCAAGCCAGCACAAGGCGAGCGAAAGAUCAAAAAGACGCAGAGGGAGACAGAUUAACUGGAGCAGCAGCAGCAGCAGCAACAACAACAAAAAUCACACUUAAAAUAAUAAUAACAAUAAUAAUAAUAAAACCCAAACCACCAACAAGGGAGAUAUUGUUUAAAAGAGCAAGCGAGGGAGCGAGCCGAAGAGCUGGUCUGACCGAGUGGAUCCGUGCAGCUUCUCCUGGGAUCGCCGGGAUCGCGCCGCUUCUCCGCUCCGCGUCGCGCAGCGUGCGGUGCCCUGCCCGCGG